GUGCCUAUGACUCUGUUUAAAUUUGUUGUUUCUUUUUCCCCGCCACCAAUCACAUUGUAUUAUCGAGUUUUCGUGGGAAACUGCAGACUGACUAUACUGUUGCAAUUGGACCGAUCAAGCAAUGAAGCGUGUGUGCAAGGUGGUUAUCCACGAAGCAACCAUCAUUGUCUGCACGAAUAACACCGCCGGCGACGAAAAGCGGUUGGCGCCGACUGUUCUAUCCAACCAGGGUGGAAAGCGCUACAACGAGGUCUCCAACCAGCUUGAGGUUCCGUUCGUCAGCCGAUUACUCGGGGUGAAUUACCCCUCGAUUACCCUGACACAGCAGCUCCGGUACCGCCAGUGCUUUGUAUCUUGGCUGAACGAGCGAACCUACGCAGGACGAGUAUGAUAGUUCAAUGGUGUUUCUAGGAGACGUGAAGACCCCUUGGAAGCAAAAGCAUACUCCUGUACCCAAUCUGGGGUUGGCCGAGUUGCACCUCAGCCUUAUAGGCUUUAAACACCACAAUUCGGAUGU